AUGCCUUCGUUCCCAGACUUCAAUCUUUACGAGGUUCUCGAGGUCACGAGAGAUGCUUCCCUACCAGAUAUCACGGCUCCAUAUCGAAGACUUGCAAGACUUUAUCAUCCCGAUAAAAAUUUGGAUAAUGAUGGUGCUACUGCUAAAUUCCAAAAGGUAAGUCAUAAUCGAUGUUUUGGAGGGUCCAGGCUCCAUUCCGAUCAACUCAACGAAUAUUCAGGUUAUCGUGCUAACUUGAAGGGCAUCGUGUCUAGGUUCAAGCUGCCUACGAAAUACUCUCCGAUGAGCGCCAACGCAGAGCAUACGAUCAGCCAGAAUCUUCUAGUCCAUUUGGUGGCGAAGCAAGACAACAGAACCGCGCCCAAGAAUACUAUAAGGAUGAGGAUGAUGAAAUGGACGAAAUAGACGAGAUGAUGUUCAAUUAUCUCUUACGAAUGUUCUUUCCGUAGCAUCUUCGAGACCCAACCCUUUUCAAUAUGCUUCAUUCGAGACAGAGAAAGAGCGUCGGCGACAUGAGGCUCGCAUGAGAGAAGAAGAGGCUGCCCGAGCCGCUGCUCGACUCGAGAAAACCCAGCGAGAAGCCACCGAAGAAGCCAAACGUGUGGCCGAAGCCAAGGCGAAGAAGGCGAUGGAAGAUGCUGCUGCAGCAAGUAAGCAAGAGGCUGAGACACAAUCGAGACUGAAGAUGGAGGACAUAUUUGUUGCGAAUGGUUGUGUCACCGAUGCUGAGAAGCAGGCAUGCUGUGAACAUUGCUCUUUUUGGCCGAAGGAACAAAUGAAGAGAAAGUUAAAGUGCUUGAAUUGUGGCAAGAAGAAGAGUAUGACGCAAUACAAAUGCCCAUAUUGUGCCUUGGCUCUUCUCAACAUGGCUUUGUGUCAAAGCGAUUCAUCGAGCCUGGUUGUUAGUAUUACUUUUGACACGAAAUUGUGUUUGAAUAAGGCAAGGUUUUUCCGGAAGGAAUUAAUGCAUUUCGAAUUACGUUAG